GAUCUCCCGGGCUGAGAUAACACAGUGUGGAACUGGAGGAAUACGUUUCGGGUCAGGACCCUUCUUUUCUGAUGAAGCUCCAUAUUAUUUCUGACUCCAGCAUCGGCAGUUCUUACUAUCCCGGGCUGAGACGAAGAUUAAGAGGCUUGGACCUGGAUCUAAAUCAAUUUUAAUGUUGGAAAAAUUAGAAAAGAACGAACGUGAGAUCAUGGCACAACAAGUGUUCAAACCUACGCUGGCACAACCUCAAUGGGCUGAAUAAACUACCAAAAACGACUGCGAUUGUUUCAUACUCGAUACCUCCGGUACGGAUUGGUCUUCCCUGACGAUCGGUCACUCUCGAAUGAAUUGCUCCUCCCUGGCAAUCGGUUUCUCUGGGAGUUAUUGCUGCUCCCUGGUGAUCGGUCUCUCCGGUAUGGAUUAUUCGAGUGUGCCCUCGUUGUCCGGGUGACCGUCAGGCAAAGUGAGUGCGGGGCCCGGAGCUGGGACUGACAGUUGGGCUCGGCCGAGGCCUGCGGCCCGGAUGAUCCGCGCGGAUGCUCCGGUUUCUGGGCAGAUUCUGUGCAGGAAUAGCCAAUCAUCAGAUUUGUCGAAUGAGCAUCUUGUCAGUGACUGAAGCUGUGAAUGCCCUGAGACCAUUCUACUUUGCUGUACACCCAGAUUUCUUUGGCCAGUAUCCGAGAGAGAGGGAAGUGAAUGAAAAUUCCCUCAAGCAGUUGAAUAGCUACUUGGAGUGCAUGCAAAGACCAGGACAGAAAGCCCUUCAACCUACAAAACUCACAUUCUACAUCAGAGACACAAGUAGUGAUCCAAAUGCACCCCAGCGCCAUGUAAAUACCUCAGGGUUUCGACCAGUCACUUUUACGCUACAGAGUAAGGACCUGCUCAGUGUGGUUGUAACGAUCUUGAAAUCCUGCAGUUUAUCCACUGAUCAUGUGCAAGAUUCACAGAUUGACAAGGGCCUGCCUCAGCAGAUCAGGAGCGUUCCAUCUGGUAGACCUAUCAAAUGGGAUAAGACCUACUAUACUGUCACUGGCUACAGGGACCCAGAGGAAGAGUUGGACUGCACUGUCCGUAUGGAACCUGCACUUGGGUUGUGGUUACAUAAAAACAGAGCUACUGCCUCCGAGAAGUUAACUAUCAGUAUUCCACUGCGAGAUGAGCUCAAUCAUUUAAAAACGGAACUGUGUCAGCAACUGGAGAUAGCUGAUAUCAGGUGGCAGAGAAGUUGGGGAGUAGCUCAUCGAUGUAGCCAAUUACACAGCCUUGCUCGUUUCACCCAGCAGAACUCUCCAGAAUUACAUAAUAUCAAAGGAUGCACUCUAAUCUUUGCUGAUAGCUCCGGGAUGAAUGCUGCAGGGCAGAUUAUGUUAGGAACUGUGGAUGUCCAUCAUCACUGGACAAAACUAUUGGAGAGGUUGCCCAUCUACUAUGAUCUUCACAGCCAUCUUUCUGUGUUGAAAGAGAGGACCAGCUACCUUCUGGGAGACGUUGAGUUAGUUUAUAAUGAGGAUCUACAGCCAACAAUUAUGGUCGAAGAUUAUUACAGAAUGUUAAAGACCUUCUAUCAGAAUUUGAUCGUUGUUCAACCUCUGUUUCAUCCACGAAGUCUAAAAGGACUGCAAAUAAUUCUAGAAAACGAUUCUUCUGCUCCUAGCCUCCUUAAAGCAGGUCAGCUGAGCAUACCUGUGACAUGUGACCCCACUACCUUUCAAUGGUUUGUUUUGGCUCAUUCACAAAGAGCCAGGACCUACUUGAGAAGAGAGGAAGAAUUGGAACUGAAACAGAAGACACUGAUCAGAGAUUGCAUUGAACGACUUGGACUCAAGAGACUAUAUAAGGAGCCUAGUGUGUCCAGCCAACAAAUGGUGAAGUGCUGUCAAAGACUCCUUGAAGGAAACAUCAGUGAGUUGCAAGGGAUGCACCUGUGUAUCUCCCAUUUCUAUACAGUGUUACAGGAUGGUGACUUGUGCGUGCCCUGGGACUGGAAACGGUAACUUAGGAGAAUAAGAAAAAGAGACUGGAUCCAAGAUGCUCCUCACAAUCUCAGCUUGGAGCAUUGUAAAGCUAACAAGUGAAUGAAACUGGAAGUGUGCAUGUUUUUGGAACUAUAGCUAAUAACCAACGUUGGGGAAAUUCCAAGUUGCCCACAGAGAGCUGAAUUGUAAUGUGAAUUAAAAUAUGUAUUAAAAAAUUUGCCAACAUCAAAGUGACCAGCUCUCUAGAGUGGGAAUUCAACCCCUGGGUAACUGAACCAACCAAUUUGACUUGCUGAGGAAACAUGCACUUUUAUAUGCACGUUGUAAGCUGGAACUAAGUUGGUCAUGGUUGAGGCUCAAAUUUUUUAACCAUCGUAUGGCUACCCAGGUAUUUCCAGCACUUAGUGCCUGUUGAUGCAUAUUUUGGAAGGAUCUGAAGAUUGAUACUCACCUGUUUGGCCACAUUGAAUGCACUUUCCUUGACGAUCAAUCUUGAAGUGGGACCUGAACCUAAAGUUUCUGACUUGGAGACAAAGAUGCUACCUACUAGGCCAUAAGACCUUAUAUCAAUUUUAUAAACCUCAUUUUCUAACAUCACACCUCACCAUAUUGAUGAACGAGGCUAAUUUGGAUUAUGUCUUUUUGUUUAGAUUACUUCCUUCCCUCCUGUGCGCACCAGUAUCCAAAGUGCCCAAGUUUGAGGAAUAUGGAGAACAGUAGAUCUAGAACCUGUAGCUCACACAGCCAGGGCACCAAAUAUCUAAAACAUAGAGCAGAUCGAAUUGUGGAAGUGCUGUCUUGCACUUAGUUACUAUACUGAUAGAAUAAAGCCCUAACCCUGUGAUGAUCUUCCAUCCAUACUUCCUCUUCAUCAUUAAGAAUCCUGUACUUUCACCUCUGCAAUCUCAAUCAACUCCACCAUAUCUCAGCUCAUCUGCUACCAGAGCCCCCAUCCAUAUCUUUGUUAUUUCUAGACUUUGAGUCCAGAUGUUCUGUGGACCACCUCCCAUAAACUUGAACUCACAUCAAAUCUAGUUUACUCAUCAGCCUGUGUUGCUAACUUAAACUUUCUCCUGGUCUGGCAAUGCAUCCUUUUCAGAUACUCAUACUUGUUUGUAAAAUUCCCCAUGCCAUCCUACAAACUUUUAAGAAAUCUGUGCACCUUUAAUUCCGAUAUCUUAGGCAUUCUCAGUUUUAUCCAGUACACUGCUGUGGCUGGCUUGAAAAUAGUAAGAACUGCAGAUGAUAGAGUCAGAAUCAAUACAGUACAGAGCUGGAGGAACACAGCAGGUCAGGCAGCUUCAGAGGAGCAGGAAGGUUAACAUUUUGGGUCAGGACCUGCUGUAUUUCCCCCAGCUCCACACUGUAUUGACUUCGGCUGGCUUUCAGCUUUUUGGAUCCUAAGACCCACAAUUCUCUGCCUCUCGUAAAAGAUAUUUGUUAAAACCCACACUCUUUACCUAGAUUUUAGUCAAACCUCCUGAUGUCUUUUUGGUGGUUGACUGUUGUUCUACUGUUGAUAAAGUACUUUGUGUUUUACUGCCUUAAAAAGGUGCUAUGCAAGUGCAGGUCGUUGAACAGCAGCAAAUACGACAGUGAUUUUGGCAGCAGAAAAUUGCGUUAGUUACGUUUCAGCAGGAUGGGAUGGGUGGUGUGCACGUGCAGUUUUAUAGCUAGAGCCCCAUUAACAGAUUAAACCUUAAAAGAUCAUGAGAGGCAGUACAAGACAUUGCAUUCAAAUGAUUUUUGUAAUAAGAGGGUUUUCUUGUGACAGUAGACACCUUUUACUUAGUCAAUAUUCUAUGGAGUUUCAAAACUAAAGUCAUGUCAUUGAAAUGUACAGGAUUCUGAAGAAGCUUAACAGGGUAGGCACAGAAGUAUGGGAAAUCUGGAACACAGGUAUAGUUUCAAGUUAAAGAUCUGAUCACUUAGGACUAUGAAAAAUUUCUUGACUCAAAAAGAUCUAUGUGUCUUUGGAAAAAGUCUACCCUGGAAAGUUGUUGAAUAUAAUAAAGGCUGGAACAAAGAGCUUUUUGGUCUUUGCAGCAUGAAGGAAAUAGAGUUGAAGCAAAAGCCGUAUCACAAAGUAGUGGAGCAGACUCAAAAGCAAAACCAUCUACCUCUUCUUUUCCACUAAGUCACGAAAAUGCAAAUCAAUAGUUUCUCAAUGUAAUUCAUCUUUUAAUUUUCACAUUUUUUCGUUCUGUUUGAUGCUACUUCACUUGAAGACACUGAAACGUGGGCAUAAAUGGCAACAGCAGCCCCCACCCUGCCUCUCCAGCCACUGCAUUUAAAGAUUUUAAGACAAUUCCCAGACCAGUGGAGAGUGCAGUGAUCCUUAGUGCUUUGAUCAAUAUAUAAUCAAAGAACAGAAUCCCUACAGUAUGGAAAGGGGCUGUUCGGCCCAUUGAGUUUUCCGAAGAGCGACACCCCACAUUCAGUUUUGAGAAAUAUGAUGUCAUCUGGAAGCCACUGUGAAAGGUAAAUGCCUAUGGUACUGUCCAAACAACAGCAAUUUCUCUAUGACGAAGCACAGGUCGGUCACAUGCAGGUCUGCAAAAUGGGCAGAGAAUGUGCAUAACAAAAGUUGGCAAAAGUUUUUGGUGAAGCAAAAAAAAAAAAAAAAAAAAAAAAAAAUUUUUUAAAAAUAGAACUGAGAA